UUUAGUGCAAAUAUACACAUAUCAGUGCCAUGAUUGGAUUUAAACCCAAAUUGGUUCUCAGUGGAGCCAAUAAGAUUGCAAAACCUACUCAAAAGAAUUGCCUCAAUAACUUUAGAAAGUGUAUUAGCAAGUGCAAUAGGUCUGUAAUGAUCAGAGCUGCCCAUCUUUCCUGCUUUAUCCUCCACCACAGGCACUAAAAGCACUGUCAUCAGAGUCAGGCAAAAACCCAUGCAUAACACAAGACAUAAAACACAUAGCUAAGAGAGGAGCCAACCUCAAACUAGCAUACUUAAGAUGUUCUACAGAAAUACGAUCCAGCCCUACUAGUUAUUCCCUCCAUUCUUAUUAGUGUUGUUUUGACACAAGAAAUGAUAUGGAUAUUGUUUUAUUCUGUUCUGUUUCUAUUGUGAAACUGGAGAUGCCAUUCAUUCAGUUCCAUGGCAAAAUGUACUGUUUUGUUUCUGUAUCGGUCGAUGGCCUCCAUUCUGGAUUGACCAAUCACAUAGAAAUAGGUUACGUUUGCACAUGCGCAGAAGUAGCAGAGUAAUUUGUUGAUACCUUGCUUAGUAGUAUUCAUUUUCACUUUGGUGUUACAACGUCGAUUUUAUCCCUAACGUAUGGGUUUAUUUACAUUGCGCAGCACAGCUAACUAGAGCAUUAUCUGAAUGAAGGGCUGAUGGAAGACGCAAGGGAUUCGGCUGAACGCACCCCACGUUCAGAGCGUAAGCGGAGAGAUUCGUUCGGAAUGUUUGAUGGCUAUGACAGCUGCAGCGAGGAGUCCACAAGCAGCUCCAGUUCAGAGGACAGCGAGGAUGAGGUGGUGCCCUCUAUUCCUACCAGCCUGCCCAUCAUCAAGAACAAUGGUCAAGUCUACACCUAUCCUGAUGGCAAGGCUGGAAUGGCCACCUGUGAGAUGUGUGGGAUGGUUGGAGUACGAGAUGCUUUUUACUCUAAAACCAAGCGCUUCUGCAGUGUAUCGUGUUCUAGGAGUUAUUCCUCAAAUUCCAAAAAAGCUAGCAUCUUGGCAAGGCUCCAGGGCAAACCACCUACAAAAAAGGCGAAAGUCUUACAGAAGCAGCCUCUUAUGGCAAAGUUAGCAGCUUACGCCCAGUACCAAGCAAGUCAACAGAACCAGGCCAAAUCAAAAGCUGUGGUUCCCCCAGAGACAUUUGACUGGGGUCGGUAUAUCUGUAGCAAUAACACAGUUGGAGCCCCAGUCAGCUGUUUUAAGCAUGCCCCUAUGGGGACAUGCUGGGGAGAUGUAGAAGAAGGUGUUAGGAUAGAAGUGCUCAACUCUGAUACCAGUCUCUCAACUAAGGUGUACUGGAUAGCAGAAAUCAUUAAGCUAGCAGGGUUCAAGGCUCACCUGCGGUAUGAGGGCUUUGACAACGACAGCAGUAAGGACUUCUGGUGCAAUCUCUGUAUCCCUGAGGUUCAUCCAGUGGGAUGGUGUGCUUCCAGUGGCAAACCUCUUGUACCUCCAAAAAGCAUACAGCAUAAGUACUCUAACUGGAAAGUCUUUCUUGUGAAGCGUCUCACUGGAGCUAAAACACUGCCACCUGACUUUAAUGACAAGGUACAUGAGAACAUGCAGUUCCCCUUUAAGAAGCUGAUGAGGGUAGAGGUGGUGGAUAAAAAUUACCUGUGCCGGACACGGGUGGCACUGGUGGAGCAGGUAAUUGGAGGUCGCCUCAGGCUGGUUUAUGAGGAGAGCCAGGAUGGAUCAGAUGACUUCUGGUGCCACAUGUACAGCCCUCUCAUCCAUAAUAUAGGCUGGUCCCGAAGCAUUGGACACCGUUUCAAACGAUCCGAUAUUACAAAGAAAAUGGAGGGUCAAGUUGAUGCUCCUGCACAGCUCUUCCAGAAGGUUAAAGAUGUGGACCAGAGUAGCGACUGGUUCAAAGAUGGAAUGAAAUUAGAAGCCAUUGACCCCCUCAACCUCUCAGCUAUAUGUGUAGCCACUGUAAGAAAGGUGUUGGCAGACGGAUACCUCAUGAUCGGGAUCGAUGGUUCAGAGGCCGUGGAUGGAUCAGACUGGUUCUGCUACCAUGGUACCUCCCCCUCCAUCUUUCCUGUUGGCUUCUGUGAAAUCAACACCAUUGAACUCACGCCCCCUAGAGGGUACACUAAACUGCCAUUUAAAUGGUUUGAC